ACGAUCAGUGUUAUUGUUAAUUUUUUUUUCUUUCAAGAAUAGAUUUUUCUGGGCGUUUGCUUAACCCGAUUACUUUGUAUUUUCAUACUGAAUCAUUCCAUUACCUGGAAACACCCAAAAAUCUCUGUCAGCAGAGUGGUCGCUUUUCCUUGUAGUCUCACUCGUCAUUUUUUAUUCUAUACUCUGGGAUCCGUUGCAAUAUUUUAAUAUCGUAAUGGCUAGCAUUCCAAUUGAAAAGCAAUUUUCCCGACUAGGUGUUUCAAGUGAUGUUAACAUUCCCAGUCAAACAAGUUAUGAAAUGUCACCCGACAGUUUAAGAAAGUUUGGUCCUUCUGUAGCUCCUAAACCCCAAUAUAAAGCACAACCCCAAGUGCCUAUUGUCCCCAAAAGUUCUAGUGUUUCCAGUUGUCUUGAACCAUCAUUUAGUACUCUGCUUAAAACUCACAAUGCUGAUGGCAGUCUGAUAACAAGUUUCAGUUCGUCAAGCAACUACGAAAAUGUGGAAACCUACCAUCAGGGUGAAGAGCCAAUUUAUGGCAACAUUCAUCAGUUAGGAUCAUCCAUACUAACUUAUUUGCCUCCUCCGCCCCCUCCUCCAGCCUUCGCAUCGCCAUGUGACAACGACGUCGAUUUGCCUCUACCUCCGCCGCCGCUACCCUCGGAUCUGUCGGGCUACUACUCCGGCGUCGGCGGCGACCAUCUGCAUCUGUUCCCCACGCCGCCCUCCGCCGAGGAAGUGACGUCACCCCCUUCUCCAGUUAGCUCGAGCUAUUCCGAGUUGCGGAGAGCUGGUUGCGGAUCGACAACAGGAUCGACUAGCAACUAUGCCCCGUUAUCGCAGGCAUCGAACUACGAGUCGCUGUACGAGCCGAUUCAACCGCGAAACCAUCAUCACAGUCCCGCUGGCAGCAUGUCGAGCCUGACUCGUCCGUCGCACUACACGACGUCUCCCUAUCCGCCUUACGGCGGUAGCAGUAGCAGUACCUCCUACGGCGGAUCCGUCGGUGGAGGAUCCGCUGCUGCGGCUGCCCUGAAACCUCAGACCGGUCACGCCAACAAGGGAGCCACAUCGCCCGUACAAGAAGAAGAAGUCGACGCACUCACCAAUUUGCUCGUCCAGUCUAUGGAUAAUGCUGCUGACCCGGAAUUCUUCGGAAUGUGUGCCGAUUGCGGUCUGAAGGUCGUGGGUGAAGGCUCCGGUUGCACGGCCAUGGACCGUGUGUUCCACAUAGCAUGUUUCACCUGCCGUAUCUGCAACUGCCGUCUGCAAGGAAAGCCGUUCUACGCGGUCGAUGGCGAACCCCAUUGUCAAGAAUGUUACCUGAAUAGCCUAGAGAAAUGUUGCGUUUGCUCCGAGCCGAUUCUUGAUCGCAUCCUGCGUGCCACUGGAAAACCUUAUCACCCUCAGUGUUUCACCUGCAUUGUUUGCCUCCUCUGUCUGGAUGGCAUUCCGUUCACUGUUGAUGCCGCCAACCGUAUUCACUGCAUUGAUGAUUUCCACAAGAAAUUUGCCCCUCGUUGCUCCGUUUGUCACGAUCCUAUCAUGCCAGAACCUGGCCAGGAGGAAACUGUUCGUGUAGUUGCUCUUGAUCGCAGCUUUCACGUGCAAUGUUACAAAUGCGAGGACUGCGAUUUAGUUCUGUCGUCUGAAGCUGAAGGACGUGGUUGUUACCCGCUUGAUGGACGUGUCCUUUGUAAAUCGUGCAACGCCAUAAGAGUCAACGCAUUGACUUCUACCACAUCGACCGAGCUUUAAAGAAAAUUGUUCAAGUUCUCAUAGGAAAAUGUGAGAGAAGCUUUAACAAGGGAGUGUGUUGGAGACCAUUUAACAGAUUUCCGACACUGUUACUCUGUAUUAAAUGAUGAAAGAAACAAAUACCUGGCGACAGGACAGAAUUAACGACAUUCGACCCCUUAAUGGUUGCCAUAAAAAAGUAAUCGGUUGAAAAUUUUACGCCUCUUUUUAAUGUGCUAGUGUUUCUAUUUGUAGCGAGUUAGAACCGUUUAUUUUAUGAAUUUUGAUGUUGUGCAUACCACGCAAUCUUCACGAACGCACAAAAACGACUGUCUUCCCUGACAUAGAAAAAUACAACUGAGAUAAUAUUCUGCUCACACAAACAUGUCAUCAUCUAUGUCAAGAUGGACUUCUGGUGGAAUGUCAGUUUUCUUUUUUUUCACCAAGGCUUUCCCUUUGUCUGUUUUUGCAUUUUCUUCCAAGUUUGGUGAUCCUAGUGUUGCUAGUAUGGCUUUCUGUAAUCAAUGCAAUGGACUCAAUUGGCUUCCUUCAAUGUUUUGUUUCUGGAAUACUUACUAAAUCUUCAUUCCUUCGUACAAGCAGCUUGACAUCAUCCAGAUUGAUGGUUGUACGCUUUCCAUGCCUCAAUAAAAAAUUGUAUAUAAUAA